AACAGGACUAUAAAUGCGUACACCUCAGCGCUGGUGAUCUGCUUCGUGCCGAGGUCAAGAGCGGCAGCGUCGUGGGCAAGAAGUGCGAGGAGCUGAUGCGCGAAGGCAAGCUGGUGCCUUUCGCCGUGACGCUGAACCUGCUGAAAAAGGCCAUGAUUGAGAGUGGCGGCAAGUUCUUCCUCAUCGACGGCUUCCCACGCGCCCUGGACCAGGCGGAGCAGUUUGAGAGCAACAUCAUGCCAUGCAAGGCCGUGCUGUUCUUUGACUGCCCUGAGGAGGAGAUGGAGAAGCGGCUGCUGAAGCGCGGUGAGACCAGCGGCCGUAGCGAUGACAACGCUGAGACGAUUCGCAAGCGCUUCAAGACGUUUCUGGAGCAGUCGCUUCCUGUGAAGGACCAUUACCUGGCUCAGGGCAAGUGCCACGUCAUCAGUGCCGUUCCGUCGCCGGAGGAGGUGUACGGGAAGGUGAAGGCUGUGCUGACCAGCCUUCACGCGCCGGAAAAGUUUGCGCUGCCCCCAGUACAUGGCAGCCUGCCGGAUGAUGCUCAGAUCAUCUUCGUGCUUGGUGGGCCAGGCAGCGGCAAAGGCACGCAGUGUGCGCAAAUCCUUGAGGAGUACGAAUGCGUGCACCUCAGCGCUGGUGAUUUGCUUCGUGCCGAGGUCAAGAGCGGCAGCGUCGUGGGCAGGAAGUGCGAGGAGCUGAUGCGCGAAGGCAAGCUGGUGCCUUUCGCUGUGACGCUGAACCUGCUGAAGAAGGCCAUGAUUGAGAGUGGCGGCAAGUUCUUCCUCAUCGACGGCUUCCCACGCGCCCUGGACCAGGCGGAGCAGUUUGAGAGCAACAUCAUGCCAUGCAAAGCCGUGCUGUUCUUUGACUGCCCUGAGGAGGAGAUGGAGAAGCGGCUGCUGAAGCGCGGUGAGACCAGCGGCCGUAGCGAUGACAACGCUGAGACUAUUCGCAAGCGCUUCCAUACAUUCCUGGAGCAGUCGCUUCCUGUCAAGGACCAUUACCUGGCUCAGGGCAAGUGCCACAUCAUCAGCGCCGUUCCGCCACCAGGGGAGGUUUUCGAAGUUGUGAAGAAAGUGCUGGACGGCAUUUCCGCACCAAGAAAAUCUGAUGGCAGCCUGCCGGAGGAUGCUCAAAUUAUCUUUGUGCUUGGUGGGCCAGGCAGCGGCAAAGGCACGCAGUGUGCGCAAAUCCUUCAGGAGUACGAAUGCGUGCACCUCAGCGCUGGUGAUUUGCUUCGUGCCGAGGUCAAGAGCGGCAGCGUCGUGGGCAGGAAGUGCGAGGAGCUGAUGCGCGAAGGCAAGCUGGUGCCUUUCGCUGUGACGCUGAACCUGCUGAAGAAGGCCAUGAUUGAGAGUGGCGGCAAGUUCUUCCUCAUCGACGGCUUCCCACGCGCCCUGGACCAGGCGGAGCAGUUUGAGGGCAACAUCAUGCCAUGCAAGGCCGUGCUGUUCUUUGACUGCCCUGAGGAGGAGAUGGAGAAGCGGCUGCUGAAGCGCGGUGAGACCAGCGGCCGUAGCGAUGACAACGCUGAGACUAUCCGCAAGCGCUUCCAUACAUUCCUGGAGCAGUCGCUUCCUGUCAAGGACCAUUACCUGGCUCAGGGCAAGUGCCACAUCAUCAGCGCCGUUCCGCCACCAGGGGAGGUUUUCGAAGUUGUGAAGGAGGUGCUGGAUAAGCUCCAUUCCCCAAGAAAGCCUCAGGAGAUUGCCCUACCGCCUGUGAAGGGCAGCUUGCCGGAGGAUGCUCAAAUUAUCUUUGUGCUUGGUGGGCCAGGCAGCGGCAAAGGCACGCAGUGCGACAAGAUCAAACAGGACUAUAAAUGCGUACACCUCAGCGCUGGUGAUCUGCUUCGUGCCGAGGUCAAGAGCGGCAGCGUCGUGGGCAAGAAGUGCGAGGAGCUGAUGCGCGAAGGCAAGCUGGUGCCUUUCGCCGUGACGCUGAACCUGCUGAAAAAGGCCAUGAUUGAGAGUGGCGGCAAGUUCUUCCUCAUCGACGGCUUCCCACGCGCCCUGGACCAGGCGGAGCAGUUUGAGAGCAACAUCAUGCCAUGCAAGGCCGUGCUGUUCUUUGACUGCCCUGAGGAGGAGAUGGAGAAGCGGCUGCUGAAGCGCGGUGAGACCAGCGGCCGUAGCGAUGACAACGCUGAGACGAUUCGCAAGCGCUUCAAGACGUUUCUGGAGCAGUCGCUUCCUGUGAAGGACCAUUACCUGGCUCAGGGCAAGUGCCACGUCAUCAGUGCCGUUCCGUCGCCGGAGGAGGUGUACGGGAAGGUGAAGGCUGUGCUGACCAGCCUUCACGCGCCGGAAAAGUUUGCGCUGCCCCCAGUACAUGGCAGCCUGCCGGAUGAUGCUCAGAUCAUCUUCGUGCUUGGUGGGCCAGGCAGCGGCAAAGGCACGCAGUGUGCGCAAAUCCUUGAGGAGUACGAAUGCGUGCACCUCAGCGCUGGUGAUUUGCUUCGUGCCGAGGUCAAGAGCGGCAGCGUCGUGGGCAGGAAGUGCGAGGAGCUGAUGCGCGAAGGCAAGCUGGUGCCUUUCGCUGUGACGCUGAACCUGCUGAAGAAGGCCAUGAUUGAGAGUGGCGGCAAGUUCUUCCUCAUCGACGGCUUCCCACGCG